AUGGACUCUAGUUGGUCAAGGACGGGAAUCAAAGACCUGCAUCAUCUUCCUGAAAAGGUUAGAAAGCAUGAAGCUUCGAGAGGACACAUUAAUUCGUGCACGGCGCUUGCAGUUCUUGGUAAGACAAAUAUAGCAUCACAAAUAAGUUCUGCUUAUAGACAAAGUAUAGUUGAACAUAAUGAAAAAGUGAGAAAAAAUCGGCACAUUUUGAAACGGAUUAUAAGCUGUGUCAAAUUUUGCAGUGCCUUUGAAUUGGCACUUAGAGGUCACAAUGAGACUGAAGAGUCUUUGAAUCGAGGAAUAUUUAGAGAAUUAGUUGAUUUUACCGCUGAGUUAGAUGAGGCCCUUAAAAAUCAUUUACAAAAUGCCACGGUAUUCAAGGGAACUUCUAAAAGCAUUCAAAAUGACAUAUUAGAUAGCAUGCUACAAGUUUGUAGAGAAGAAAUUUUGCAGCAAAUUAAAAACGCAAAUUUCCUAUCAAUUCAAUGCGAUGAAACGACCGACAUAUCAAAUCAGUGCCAAAUGGCUUUAAUAUUCAGAUAUUUCCACGAAGGCGGCAUACAAGAACAUUUUGGAGUUUUUUGA